AUGAUAGGUGGUGGAGGAUUUGGUCAAAUUUAUCGAAUUAUCGAUGAACGUACUAAAUCAGUUCUUGCAAUAAAAAUUGAACCAGAGGAUCAUGAACCAGGUCGAAUGAUACUUGAACAAAAGGUCAUGCUAAAACUACGAGGAAAACCGCAUAUACCACAAUUUUUUGCUAGUGGUAAUUACCAUGGAUAUAACUUUAUUGUUAUGCAAAUAUUGGGGAAAAAUUUAAGCGAUAUCAGAAAACGACAACCGAAACGACGCUUAAGUAUUCCAACAGUUUUACGUAUUGGAAUGCAAACGAUGGAGGCACUAAAAUCCUUUUUCACAAUUUAUCAAAUUUUUUUGAGAGAUGUAAAACCAUCGAAUAUUUGCAUUGGAUUAUAUUCACAUAAACGAAUAAUUUAUAUCGUUGAUUUUGGUAUGGCUCGACUUUAUCGCUUUGAUGAUGGAAUAGUGCGAAGAGAGCGAUAUUACGCUGGUUUCCGUGGAACUUUACGAUAUGUAUCCGUGACGGUACAUGAACGUAGAGAUCAGGGACCUGUAGAUGACCUAUGGAGCUUAUUUUAUUCCUUAAUUGAGCUUAUUCAAGGCUAUCUACCAUGGAGUUCAAUGAUAGAACCAAAUGAAAUUGCAAAAUAUAAAAAAAACGUCGUUUUUGAUGAAUUUGGAAAGUAA